AUGUCUUCUUGUUAUAGAUUGGGCCAUGAAAUUUCUGCAGCUUCGCUAUAUAGAGAGAAGCAAAGUGACUGGUACGGAAAAAGAGGGUUAAGUUGGCACAUCAGUAGCGUUAUGUCUCGAAGCCAGUCUAACACGACGGAAGUCAUCUCGUACGCUCACCUCUUUGAUCAGUGUACUCAGGACUGGUAUGUAGUUACGUCAAUUCUCGAAGAUCUUCUAAAGCAGCUGAAAGUCAAGAAUCCUUUGCUGCAGAAAGUCCAUUUGAGGUCAAAUGAAACCGGUUGCUAUCACAACCGCUCCUUAGUAACCGCUGGGAGAGAUUUCGCAAAAGGAGUUGGGGUUGAAGUUCAUAGUUAUCACUACUCGGAGCCGAAAUCUGGUAAAGACAUUUGCUAUCGUAUCCUCUGUUCAAUGAAGUCCUCUAUUCCUGCUUACUGCAACGAAGGGCACGAUGUUCUAACUGCCGUGGACAUGAGAGAUGCAUUGACGCAACGCCCAGUGAAGGGAACAACAGCUACAAUGAGCAUAGUCGACGAAUCAAAGAGCACUUCUGUAUAA